AUGCCCAAGUAUGCAUCGCACAUACCAAGAGAAAGCGCCGGGCUUCCAGCAGAUAUCACGGAUCUCACAAACCUCAAGAGCAGCAAUUCCGAUUUCUUUACCACAAAGCGGCGCAGCUUCAACCAAGCGAAGUCGAGGCCACCACAUGACGCCUACAGAAGAACCAAGGCCCGUUUGAACAAUGCAUCAUGGUUGACGAUGACUGUUUCCACUGUUUCCGCGGUUGCGGCGCGGAAACACGGCAGUGGCUUCUACAGAGGAGAUGAGAUCAACCUCGCGGGCGGUGCGUCCGACACACCAAAGAAACGCUCCUCCGCCCACACCCCCCGCGGCCUUCCAUCGCGUCUUGCAGUCAUGCCACCGCUCACGCAUCGCGUGCUCCUGCGGCGUCCAACCGCCGCCGUCUCGGGCGUCUGCCGGUCCUGUCGCCGCCGACUGGCCUCGACGACGACCUCGGCGCCGCCUAAGCCGCCCGCUGCCGGGCUCGCCGAGCUCUCCUCCCGACGCGUCCUAGCCAUCGCCGGUGCUGACGCGACCAAGUUCCUGCAGGGCAUCGUCACGCAAAACGUCGCCACCGCCGACGGCAACGGACACGGACGCAACCAACCGACGACGGAGACAUCACCGCCGCCUCGGACCGAAGGCUUCUACGCCGGCUUCCUCAACGCCACGGGCCGCGUCAUGCACGACACCUUCAUCUACCCCUAUCGCGGCGGCGGCGUGCCCGCGCUCGACGGCGGCGACGACGGCGGCUACCUCGUCGAGGUCGACGCCGCGCAGGCGGCCCGCCUCGAAAAGUACAUCAAGCGGUACAAGCUGCGCGCCAAGGUCAGCGUGCGCGGCCUGGCGCCCGACGAGGCGUCUGUGUGGCAGGUCUGGGACGACACGACGACGACACUCAGCUUGCCGAGUGCGCAAGACAACCUGUUCACGCUGCGCGACCCGCGCGCGCCGGGCAUGGGCCACCGCCUGCUGCAGCUUGGCGGCGGCGGCGCGCCGGCCGUCGACGCCGCGCGCGCCACCGAGGACGCCUACACGGUGCGCCGCUACCUGCGGGGCGUGGCCGAGGGCCAGGACGAGCUGCUGCGGGAGCAGGCACUGCCGCUCGAGAGCAACAUGGAGCUCAUGCGCGGCAUCGACUUCCACAAGGGCUGCUACGUCGGCCAGGAACUGACGAUUCGCACCCGGCACCGCGGCGUCGUCCGCAAGCGCGUGCUCCCGUGCAUGGUGUACGGCGCGGACCGGCCCCCGCCGCAGACGCUCGCGUACCUCCCAGACGACGGCAGCAACGCGGCGGCCGCGGUGCCCGCCGAGACGAGCAUCGGCCGCUUCGACAAGCGCGGCCGCAGCGCGGGCAAGUGGCUCAAGGGCGUCGGCAAUGUCGGCCUGGCGCUGUGCCGGCUGGAAAUCAUGACGGACGUGGUGCUCCCGGGCGAGCAGGCGGCGGCGACGUACAACCCCGACGACGAGUUUGUGCUCGAGUGGGGAGGAGACGAUGAUGUCAAGAGCAGCCUCAAGGUCAAGGCGUUUGUGCCCGACUGGCUGCGGGCGGGCUUGGACGAGGCCCAGAAGAAGUAG